GUAACUUGACUUUCUUUUGCUUGUGUGCCAUGAAUCGUGAGCCACCUCGAGGCAAGUGCAGACAGGUGCCGACCCUACCUUACCUGGUAUCUAAGUACUAAGUAAGUAAUUGGCAGGCAGGCAGGUCCCUAACGCCUCGCAGUACUCACAGAAAGAGCAGUUGCCAACUUCUCCUCUGUUGUCUGAACGCUUCUGGCUCUACUCUGCUCACGUCUUCUCUCUCCUUUCUUCUGCAUCGUCAUCACUGUUACUGACCAUCAGGUCGAGCCUCGCUCGCCAACAGUCUUUCUUUAGCAGUGCAUUAGAACCCAACACCACUCACGCAUUACCAUUUAUCAAGACUCAACAACCAGAUAAUCAGCGUACUCACGUUCUUUCGAGCUCCCCGUGGCCAUGAUGCGCCAAAAUUGCGACAGGUGCAGCCGCAUCGUCCUCGGACAAAUUGCCGACAACCCACAGACGGCUCAGCCAGCUCUGCUACCCCGUGUUGCUCCUUCGCCAACCGUGAGCCAGAAGAGCGAGAGCCCAGCACCGCCCGAAGUGCCAAAGCUGCGUCAUGCUGGCUCUCGUGUGUGGUCCGAACUUCGUGGCGCCAUCAAAGCCGUUGGCAGGACAAGCCAGACAGGCUCAGAGGUCUCGACAACUGUGGACCUUGUACGGCGCAACACAGGAGCGGUACAAGAUCACACCCUGGUGGAGGAGCCCUUGGUGCGCGCAGAGACAGAUCCGCGGCUCGGCUCAUCGUCUUCUCGAUCACAGGGGAGCAGAGGAUCAACAACGCGGGAGUUCGUUCGGAAACUGAAGCAGAUCGGACUACCCGGCAAUGGCACGGCUCUUGCACGUACUCAGCCAGGAAGACGCGGCAGCUCUUUUUACACUCCUCCCAACGUACAAUCAGCUUCACGCAGUGAACAAGGUAGCACGCCGUUGACAGAUCGGAGUGUCACUGAAGGUUACUCUACCGAGAAGACAUCCACCGACUCGCGGUCUUCUGUCCUCACAAAUGGGAAGUCAAUGUGCCGAGCCAAGCGCCGUUUCCCUUGGACUCAGUCUAGCCCUGACUUCUCCCUCUGCACCAUAGCGGAAUCUGGUACGGAGCGCUUUGAACCUACAAUUGCUACCGUGGAAAGGGCCGCUGCUGCCAAGGUAUAUCUUGAGGUGCGGCUUAACGAGAGGCUGUACCUCGCAGACUCCCGUGCCAGAAGAAUGCGGCACCUAGAGGCCCAGCUUUAUUACAGCCCUCACCUGAGAGAAGUGGAAAAGGACAUUGUACGGUCCGGUGUGUUCACACAGGAAUCGUGCCACUUGAGAGAGCUGCGAGUGCUCGAAGCAAAGAGUGAGGCCGCCGCCAGGGGUAUCUCGAACGUCUCGCCCUUUCUGGAUCACUACGAGCCAGUCAGAGUCCUUGGCAAAGGCAGUUUCGGCGUUGUCAAGCUGGUCCGAGAGAAGAACCAAGACCGGUCUGCAGCUCAGCACAAGCAAGUGUACGCCAUGAAGAUCAUCCGCAAGUCAGAAAUGCUGCGCAAUAGUCAGGAGGGCCAUUUGCGCGCGGAGCGAGACUUUCUAGUGGCUUCUGAGAACGCAGAAUGGGUAGUUACUCUAAUGUGCAGCUUCCAGGACGCUGCCAAUCUCUAUCUCGUGAUGGAGUACAUGCCUGGCGGCGACUUCCUCGGACUGUUAGUCCGCGAGAACAUUCUGAUCGAGAACGUGGCUUGCUUUUACAUUGCCGAGAUGAUUCUGGCUGUGGAAGAGACGCAUCGGCUUAAAUUCAUUCACCGUGACAUCAAGCCAGACAAUUUUCUCAUCUCCGCCACGGGACAUCUCAAGAUUUCUGACUUUGGACUGGCGUUCGAUGGUCAUUGGUCUCACGAUCUUUCAUACUAUAACUAUCACCGAUAUUCGCUCUGUAGGAAACUGAACUUGGACCUUGCAGGAGACGAGACAGAUUGCAGGGAGCGUCGCGAUACACAAAAGCAGGUUGACAAGAACCGCAUGCACGGCAGCAACGACGAAGGCCGCAACCUUGAGGACCUCGUUGGAAGCAGAAAUAGAAGCGCAAUUCGUGCUGCAGCUUGCUCAGUCGUGGGAACCAGCCAGUACAUGGCGCCAGAAUGGAGCAUCGGCAUCAUUUUGUAUGAGUGUCUGUACGGCCAUACGCCCUUCCUUUCUGAUGAGGGCCGACAGAAGACGAAGGAGAACAUCACGAAUUUCCAAUCUCGCUUCUUCUUCCCGCACAAGCCUCAUGUCUCCGACAAAGGUCAGGAUUUACUGCUGAAGCUGAUCCGGCACAGGAGCGACCGUCUGUGCUCCCGGAGAUACAAGCUGAAAGACAACGGUCAGCUGGAUGCUGGCAGGUCAACAGACUUUCUCGGGCGCCACGUCUUCGCCGACGACGGCGAGGACAUCAAGGCUCAUCGUUGGUUCCGAAACGUGCCAUGGGACCAACUGCACAUGCUGACAGCUCCCUUUGUCCCUCGGGUGGACGGCCCAGAAGACACGCGGUACUUUGACGAGUCAGACACCGUCGCAGAUAUGACUGUUGCGCACGGGGAGCGAGCACUCACGCCAGCAGAGGUCAGGUGUGUUCUAGAGGAGUGCCAUCCAGCAACACGAAACUUGGCGGUCGACUUGGUCUCCAAACCUGCUGUUGAAGCCAGGCUUCCCGGCAUUGACCAGCAGAUUGAUGAUGCACUGGAUGUUCCUCCUGACGAGAAGUCACUACUCAAGCGCUUCGUGAGGGAAUGCGCCCCGAAAGAACGCAAGAGACCACGCGACAAGAUCCUCCGAGACCCUAAAACCAGGGAUGUGGCUCUGGAUAUCAGGAAGAAAACGGCGUUUUCCGGUUACACCUGGAAGCGAAUGACGCCGAGGACGUAUGUGGGAUUAUUGUGAGGAAGUGUAAGCUCCGUUGGAUUAGGAGAGGGCAUCUCUCCACAUCGGCUUGUUCAUAACCUACGGGAAGUUGCUCGAUGGGGAAGAUUGCAAGUAGUUCUUAAGUUUCUAUCGUUAUUGGAU